AUGUCGUCCUCAACACAAGCCGCUCUACCACAGCACGAGCCGUUCCGAGCGCUCUACAUCCACACGCACGAUGUGUCUCGCUCACUCAAGCCGUCGGCCGACGGUGAGCUCGCACACGCCAUCCACCAGACGCUGCACUUUGCACUCGACGGUCAUCCGGACGACUACACUCCCGCCGCCGCGAACUCUGGCGCAGGAUCCGGGUGUGAUCCUCUAGCCACGAUGCCCACCUCGUCUGCGCCCAACGGCUCGUCGUCGGCGCUGGCCGUCAACAAGGGCUUUGCGGCUACGGGGGAUGCGGAAAGGCCGUACAUCUCGUACUACUGGGACGCGCACAGCGGGACAUUGGCACUGCCGAACCCGGCGACGAUCACGAAUCCCGUCGCGGAUCCGUGCUCGUCCGACCAUCGCAGCUCGUACGAGAUCACGGCCAAGUUGUUUUUCCUCGACGAGGUGGAUGCGGGGUUGGUGGACGAGGCGCUUACGAGGCUGACGCGCACAACGGGCAUCAUCACCAUCGACACGCUCGUGCUCUCGUUCCCCACGCUUGAUCUCGACUCGAAAACUUCCACAUCGACUGACGCCAUUGGCAAAGUUGCAGAGGUGUGGGGGCAUGUUUCGCAAAACCCGCAGCUGUUUUCGCUGGGUCUGGCCGACAUUUCACCGUCGAGCUUGGAUGCAUUACUAGGUUCGCUCGAUCCACCGGUUCAGCCGCCAUCGAUGCCGCUGUUCUCGCCUGCCAUUCCGCUGUCGAGUACGACGGAUGCUGCGUCGUCCAGCACAGCUGAACCGGAGCAGGCAUCGGGCGAUGUGGCUUCCGAGGACGUAUCGACGGAAGGUACGUUUUGGAACAUGGAGUAUUCGCUCGUCAGCAGCGCACGCAGACCACGACUCGUGUCGAUCAAUGUCAAGCAGGACCCGUGUGCGUUCGAUCGGCAGUUCAGCCAGUACUGCGCAGGUAUGGGCAUCCAACUCGUAGCACACAGUGAUAGGCGCGAUGUUCUGCCACAAAGGACUCUUCCUGCGCUUAUGGACGAGUUCGAACACAAGAUGCCAAAGAAAGCACCGAAGGCGUUGAGGCCAAAGUGGGCUCUCAAGUAUACCACCCUCAUCAGGGAUAGGGGAGUGCUGGCGGAUAAAGGUUAUAUCGUCUACGUAGCUGCCGAGUAG